AAUUCCAGUAAUCGCAGAGCUCUGCUGGCGACUGGACGUCGGGAUCCGAGAAUUCGAGUCCGAGAAACCUCUAACAGGAGACGAAGGCUGGCCACUGGAGGAGUGGGCAAGGUAAGGCAAAAGUGAGAGCGCGAGCAGCGGAAAUCGAAAGUGAUGACGGCGACCAUGGACGACAUGGGCCACAGCGGCUGGCUGCCCCCGGCGCAGAGCCUCUGUGUCGCCCUGCUGGUCCCGGCUGUGCUCAUCCUGGUGAUCCUCUAUCUGUGCGAGCACCGCUACGACGACAUAGUGGGCGUCUCGCCGCCUGGGCCCUGGGGCCUGCCCUGGCUGGGCUACCUGCCCUUCCUGGACGCCCGGGCUCCGCACAAGUCGCUCCUGGCGCUGGCAAAGCGGUACGGCGGCAUCUUCGAGCUGAAGAUGGGCCGGGUGCGGACCGUGGUCCUGUCGGAUGCCGCCCUGGUGAGGGACUUCUUUCGCCGCGAGGUAAUGACCGGCCGGGCUCCACUGUACCUCACCCACGGUAUAAUGGGCGGAUAUGGAAUCAUCUGCUCCCAGGGCGACAUCUGGCGACAUGCCCGGCGCGAGACCAUCGAGUGGCUCAAGGCUCUGGGCAUGACCCGUCGCCCGGGAAGGCUCCGAGCCCGGCUGGAGGAGCGCAUCGGGCGGGGCGUCGACGAGUGCGUCCGGCUUUACGAGGCUGAGGCCGAAAAGAGCUGUGGCUCGGAACUGAACCCGCAACCCGCUCUGCACCACACGCUGGGCAACAUAAUCAACGACCUGGUGUUCGGAGUCACCUACAAGCGCGACGAUCCCGACUGGCUGUACCUGCAGCGGCUGCAGGAGGAGGGCGUCAAGCUGAUCGGCGUCUCGGGGGUGGUCAACUUCCUGCCCUGGCUGCGCCAUCUGCCCGCCAACGAGCGCAGCAUCCGCUUCCUGCUGGAGGGCAAGGCCAAGACGCACGCCAUCUACGACCGCAUAGUGUAUGCUUGUGCCCAGCGGCUGAGCGAGAAGCAGAAGGAGUUCAGGGAGCGCCGAGAGCGGAGGCGGCAGGAGAAGCUGCUGGAGGAGCAGCGCAGGCAGCCGGAAGAGGUUAAUCCCAAUGUGGAAAACGUCUUGAAGAAGGAGUCUAGAGAGGAAGGCAAGCCGGAGGAUUCCGAGGAGGGCGGCGCGGAGGAGGUGAGCGAUGAGGGCGAGACCGACGAGGACGAGAGCGACGAGGAUGAGUACGAGCCGGAGUGCAUCCUGGAGCACUUCCUGAUCCGCAGAGAUCGGGAGUCGCAGCUCUACUGCGACGACCAGCUGCGCCACCUGCUCGCCGAUCUCUUCGGUGCCGGCGUGGACACCUCGUUGGCCACCCUGCGCUGGUUCCUGCUCUACCUGGCCCGCGAGCAGCGCUGCCAGCGGCGCCUGCACGAGUUCCUCCUCCCGCUGGGCCCGGCACCCACCCUGGAGGAGCUGGAGCCACUGACCUACUUGAGGGCCUGCAUCUCCGAGACGCUGCGCAUCCGCAGCGUGGUGCCACUGGGCAUUCCGCACGGCAGCAAGCAGGACUUCACCAUGGGCGACUACAACAUCAAGCGCGGAUCGAUGAUCGUUUCCCUGCAGUGGGCCAUCCACAUGGACCCGGUGGCCUUCCCCGAACCGGAGGAGUUCCGCCCUGAACGCUUCCUGGCCCCCGACGGAGCCUACUCGGCGCCCCCGCAGUUCAUCCCCUUCUCGGCGGGCAUGCGGAUGUGUCCCGGCGACGAGAUGGCCCGCAUGAUGCUCACCCUCUUCGCGGGACGCAUCUUGAGGCGCUUCCACCUGGAGCUGCCCACGGGAUGCGAGGUGGACAUGGAGGGCGAGAGCGGUAUCACCCUGACCCCCGCUCCGCACAAGCUGCGGUUCACCAAGCUGCCGUUGGUGGAGUUGCGCGAGGAACCCGAGGGAGCGGUGUCCAAUAACUAGGUUGGAAAUAUUUAUGUCAUUACUUUUUUAUCCCAAUUUUUUUUGUAUUUUAUUUACGAUUAUAUGAUAACCUUUUGUGAAUGGGGACCUA